GGUUUAGCCUAGCGCUCAUCGAGUGAACAAAGUGAGUCAAGUCCUAAGCGUAAGUGAAUGGUUAGUUUAUUGUGACGGGAUGUAGCAUGCUAGCGUCAGUGAAGGUGUAGCAUGGCAGACAGCUUGUGUGAGAUGGCAAGUCGAACAUCUUUUCUCACUGGACCUGAAGGUGUCUUCAUGUAGCCUAGCUUGUUGCUUUAACUUGCAUUGCCAUGGAGACCGGUGCAGGAAGUGAGCUCAGUGAAGCAGAGAUUGUGGAAUCCAUCUCCCAGGAGUCACCGCACCCUCCACCACCACAGCCACCCUCUGGGAAACUGAGGAAGACCGCCUUCAAGUUCUUCAGCAGCCGCAAGAGCAUCUGCGUGCUACCCAGCUUCUUUGGGGGGCUCGGGAAAGGCCAGAGCCGAGGGUCCUCCAAAAGCGGCGUGACCAAGAGCCGGACGCACGACGGCGUGAGCCGAGGAUGCUGGGACGACGGCGUCAGGGGGAGCGGCGACGUCGCGGCCGGAGACUUUGAGUUCCGCGCGCCCCGAGAACGAGACUGCGGAGGCGGGAGCGAGUCGCACAGGGGAACAGGGGAGAGUCUGAAGUCCCAGUUCCUGCCGUGGCAGAGGAGGGGACUCCGAGGCCUCUUCAGCAGCAUCAGGAGACACAGGAGGAGCAAGAAUGUGGAGAAGAUCUCGAGCCUGGAGAUGUUGCCCAGUGCCUGUAACGUGCCUGCGGCCCAGGCGGACGCCGGACGUCACGGCAGCAGUGACGACGAUGGCCGCCUGGGCAGCGUGUUGGAACCGGUCGUGCCUGACUCAGCUAACGGCAGCGAGGGCCUGGCGUCCGCCGCCGCUGAAUGUAUGAAAGCUGACGUGUUAAGGAGGAGUGGGGUGGAGACAGCUGCUGAGGAGACGGAGGUUAUCCAGAGGGGUGUUCCCGGCACAUAUCGGCAGCCCCUGUGUGCCGACUCGGAGCUGGUUCGUCUCGCCGAGCAAAACCCGGAGGGGGCGGACUGCGAUCCGCCGGCUGCCUCUUCCUCCUCCGAGCACGCCAGCCUGGUCUUCGGCGACGUGGCGUCCCUCAAGAGCUUCGACUCGCUCACGGGCUGCGGCGACAUCAUCGCCGACCAGGACGACGACAGCGUGGCCGAGAGCUCGGUGUCGGGCGAGCGAGGCAGCCGCAACGCGGGCAAGCGCAGCUCGUGCCUGGUCACCUACCAGGGCGGCGGAGAGGAGAUGGCCACGCCUGACCAGGUGGACUCCGACUACCUGCAGGGCCUCUGGGAGGCCGAGGCCGAGGGAGCCAACGAGGCCCGCUACGCCCCCGACGAGCACUCCGACGGCCUGCCCGUCACCCCGGACCAGCCAAUCAGCUCGCUGCACACCCUCACCACCCCGACCACCACCAGCAGCAGCGACUGCGGCGGGAUCAGCAGCAGCAACACCAACAGCAGCCCCCUGGGGGCGCUAGAGACCGUCCUGAGCCCCGGCGAGCUGGCGACGCCGCAGAGCGAGCAGCAGGAGUCGGUGCCCAACAGCGACGAGGGCUACUACGACGCCACCACGCCCGGCGCAGACGAGGACGCCCGCGAACGCGAACGACCGGCGCCGAGGCCCGAGCGACUGCCACGCGACAGCUACAGCGGCGACGCCCUCUACGAGCUCUUCGAGCCCGACGACCGGCUCCUCAGCCCGGCGAUGGCCGACGACGACGACCCGUGCGACUUCCUGGACAUGCCCCUGCCCGAGGGCAAGGGAAGCCCCGUCUACUCCCUGAAGACGGGCGCCAUGGACACCUGCGCCACGGAGACGGAGGACGCCCGCCUGAGCAAGAUCCAGCAGGCGCUGCUGUGCUGCGAGCUGCAGAGCCUCCGGACCGCGCCCAAGGACACGCCCCUCUUCAGCCGAGGGCCCUACUACCCCGACGCCCACCUCCCGCUGGCCAGCUGCAAGGCGGGCAAACACAAGCAGCUGGAUGAGCCGCUGAGCCCCAGGGGCACCAGGCUAGCGCCCGCGCACCACGCCUCAGGGGACGCCUCGCUCUCCUCCGACGGAGGGCCCGGGCCCCAGACGCAGGACAAUCCCUCGUACGCCCAGAUCCCCAGUCCACUGCAGGAGUUUGGGCCCUACGCGCAGCGUGACCAGUGCAGUCCUCCGGCCGGCCCGCACCCCCACGGCCUCUCACUGCCCGGUGAUGGCGGCCAUUCGCAGGAGGAGCUGACGGUGUGCUUCUCGCAGGCGCUGGUGGACUUCACCAAGCACUCCUUGCGCGUCUUCCGCAACUCCACCGAGAGCCUGGACGGCUCCGAGUCCGGCUCGCCGUUCGGCCAGAACCUGCGCGCGCUGCCCACCAUGGUGACCUUCGACGUGGCAGACAUGGAGAACGAGGGCGAGUUCGAGCGGCAGACGGAGGAGGGGGGCGUCGAGGAGGAGCUGGCCUCGCCGUUCGAGCCCUUCGAGCCGUUCGAGCCGUUCGAGCCGUUUGAGGACGAGAGCUGCUACCUGCGCGAGGACGCCUUCGCCGAGUGCGACGAGCGGACGCUGCUGGACGCCUACGAGCAGAGCCUGCUGCUGGACACCACUGGCGCCACGUGGGGCAUCGCCAGCCUGCCGCGCCACCUCAGCUCCGGGCGCGCCUGCCAGGCCGUCGCGCCGCCGCUCGCCCUCAACCGCCGCAGCCGCUCGCUCGACACCGACGGCCUGGAGCUGCGCCUGGGCGCCACCGGCCACGCGACCGCGUCCGCCACCGGGGGAACGCCGUACGAGAGCGCCAGGACGGCCGGCUCGCUUCACCGCAGGAAGAAGAGCAACAACGGCCACGUCUCUGGAGCCCCGGGCGCCCGGCGCGGCCCGAACCACCAGCAGCCAGCAGCGGCCACCAGGGACGGCCCAAGACACGGUCAGGGUCACGGUCAAGGUCAGGGUCGGGGUCACGGCGUCUCGGUCUCGAACUCUGCGUCCCUCUGCCAGAAACAGCCUUCUGCGUGUCCCCCUCCAUCUGAGACGCGUCCUGCCAGCAAGCCGGCCCUCCAUCAGGCUGCCAUCAGGCCCUCCGACCUGCCCCUGCAGUCAGCAGCAGCACCCUCCUCCUCCUCCCUCCUCCUCCUCCGCGGCCGCAACCCAGCCGGCGCAUCCACGGGGGGCAGUGGGGCAUUUCACGGAGCCAACCACCAGUCGGCGGGAGAGGCCUUUUACCAUUGCGGCCUGGCAGAGUCCGGGCACUCCCAGGGCAAGAUGCGCCCUGUCGGGGUGACCCAGGGGGUACCCCACCUCUCCUCCUGGGCCCGAUCGGACAAAGAGCGCGAGCUCAGUGGGAAGAGCAUGAAGGCGCUGGAGGUGGGCUAUGGUGGGGGUCCCGCUCAGAGCAAGCGCUCCACAUAAUCAAAGGCCCCAAAGCGCCACAUCAGUUACAGUGCAAUCUGCAGCCGGAGAUCCCACCUGGAGGCCUGGACCAUCACCACCACCACCACCACCACCACCAAAGACCCUGCUGGAGGUCUCCUUAGCACUAUCCAUUACUUUGGAACACCAAGUCUUCUCUCUCUCUCUCUCUCUCUCUCUCUCUCUCUCUCUAUCUUUCUCUCUCUCCCUGUUACUCAUGCACACUCUCUUUGUCCAGGUCAUUCUAUGUUGUCCAUCUCUUAUUCCGUGGGGUAAUGUUUUACUUGUGUGUUGCUGAUAAAUAAGCUAGCGUGAUUAUUUUCAUUCUCAAUUUGUUUUUUUAGCACAUACCACACAACACUAUUUUUUAUGUGAAAUGUUACAUUUAUGUAGCGAUUUUAUGAAGAGGUCACCUGUUCAGAGUUUUUGGUAAAAAAUACAAAUGGCUGAGUUUAAUUUAUUACAGAAAGUGAAACUUCUCUACAGUACACCACACUCAGUUUAGGUGCUAGCACUCAAAAUGUAACUUAUGUCGUGAUAAUGCAUUUGAAGUGUCAAAAAAGUAUAUUUUUUACUUCAUGCGUCAAUGACAUGUUCGGUGCAUUUUCUUCCGUUUCUCUGUACUCUCAUUUUAUUUGUUACACCACCAGUAUUUUAGCGUUUACACUUUUCCUACAGUGAGAGUUUUGAUCUUCAUUUGUACUAUGUUUAUAUGAAUUUAUUGUUUUGCUGAUUUUGUAAUUGUGCAAGUCACAGGUGUACACUACCGUGCUGGAUGAUCCCAAAAAGCUUAUAUCAUUCUGUUUUUUUUUUGCUACUGUAAAACAAAUUUGUUACACAAGUCAUGUUUAGUAUUCACUGUACCAAGUUACUGAAGAGAUGAGCAGAGGUGUGUUCAAAUCCGCAAACAUAGGUGACGUUUGCAAACAGUUGUCUGUUUGCCUUGAGUUCUUGGCAAACGUUUGCACACACUCGCAAAGAGUGUGAGGAGGCAGUUCUCCCCUCACAUGCAGUGGAGAUGGAUGAACUGUUACCAUCACAAUAGAAUGUUUACACCAAAUCGUUCAAUUUAGCUGUGCAGAGAAAACACAUUUGCCAUGAAAGUUUACCACUGUUUGCACAAUUUGAACACACCUCCGUUAUAUACCAGGGGGUAUUCCUAGUAUGUGGUGUAGGGACAAACCUGGGUAAAUGAACUCGGAGUAAGUGGUUAACCUUCUCCAGCAAGAGCUGUAUGCCAUUGUUUGGUUGAGAAUGAAGCCAUUCAGUUCUUCUAGGAGGUUUACGACUUACUCUGGAUUAAUUUACCCACGUUUGUCACUGGACCACAUACUUGGAAUACCCCCCUGCUCUGCCGUUAACUUCAAGUCCUCUUGUCCGAACGCUGACGUAUGUGGGUUGAGCAGAAAUGCCUCUCUUGCCUAGAGUUAGGAAAUUAAAGUUGUUUGUUUUGUCUUUGAACGACACCAGGAUGGUAUAAUAUGACUUGAAUGUCAGUCCAUUAUGUCACCAGUUGUGGAUUAUGUAUGAAAAACAUAUAUAUAGUAGUUUACCUCAAGUAUUAGUUAACAGUUAGAGCAAAGCAAUGAUGUUUCACCAUGGACCUACAACUACACACAAAUAGAUUACUGGAGAUUUUAAACUUUCGAAACUGUAGAUGAGUUCCUCCACAUUUUCAGAGUGAACUCUCUGCUGUCUUGGACCUAGUCGGUGAGCAGGCGUUUGGAAUGUAAAUCACUGCCGUGUUGACCGCUUGUCACUGCUGUAUCCACGAGCUGUAGCCUACGACGACGAGCUGCCAUCUUGGUGCACCCUCUACAUCACACACGGGAGCAGCUUGUCAGUCACUAAACCUUUUUUUUUUUUAUGUCCUUCUCUCAUGCUGUGUAUGAAUGUCAAACCAGCCGUCACGGCACGGAUUAUUUCAUAUCUUGUGGUCAGUGAGGUCAGCCACCAAAGUGGUCACUGUGCUCUUAAUGUAUCAGUUGUGUUUCCUCCAGGGGUGUAUUCCAAGUAGGUGGCUAAGGGACAGAUCUGGGUAAGUUAACCCAGAGGAAGCGGUAAACCUCCCAAUAGAAGAGCCUUUUGGCUUUGUUUAGUUUGGAGAUUGAAGCCCUGGGGCCAUUCUGUUAUCAGGUUUGCGACUGGGUUAUCGUACCUAGGUUUCCCACCACCUACUGUGCGUGGAAUCAUGGCCUGCUCUGGAGUGUGUGUGUGUGUGUGUUGGAGAAAAGAGGCAAAACAAUCAACAACAGUUUCAUAGCUGAUUUCAUUUUUAGUGUGUUUUGGUUUUGUGUCGCCACAUUGUUGAUCUAAUGUUUCUGAAUGUGCACAUGACAUUCAUUUGGCUUCAUUGGUCCAAAACCAUGACAAAAAGCUGUUUUGUAUCUAUGGAUGUAUAUAUAUAGAUAUAUUUACGCAAACAUUGAAUGUUCCAGCACUUUGGCAGAACAUUUGUAGACAACCAUAGCCUUUCAUGUUUUAACACCACAGCCACUCUAGCUGAGAGAACCAAUGUCACCUUCAGUGCUUUAGUAGACCUCACGCAGACUGAAGAAUCCAGUCCAACCAUAUCCCCCACCCCCCUUCAGCUGAAAAUAAACACCAUCUUCAGCGAGA